AUGGCAUCUGCAGGCAAAGGCAAAGGCAAAGGUGCGUCGAACCCUCCCAGCGAGGAGCUUUUCGUGACUGGUCUCCCCAUGGACUGUAGUGAUGAGCUUCUCAAAGAGAUCUUCAGCCAGUAUGGAACCGUCAAGGACGUGAAGGUUCUUCCGCCGGCUGCGGGCAAGAAGGCUCGUGCGGGAUUCGUGGAUAUGGCAUCUGUGGAUGAUGCCAAGUGGGUCGUCCAACACGUCCAUACCAACGUCCCCCAGGGCUUGUCGUCUCCCGUGGAGGUGAGCUACGCGAUCCCGAGAUCCCAGCGCAACAGCGCCAAGGGGAAGGGCAAGGGAAAAGGCAUGCCACCGGAAAUGAUGAUGCAAAUGAUGGCGAUGAUGAUGUCCAGCAUGGCCGGCUGGGGGAAGUAG